GGUAGUAAAGAAGCUAAAAAUACUGAUUCAGAUGCAGCAAGUAGUCUUAAAGCAGAAUUGUUACUAGCCAGAAGAACUAUUCAAAAUAUUUUAUUUGAAGAAGGCCAAAGUUCACCUUCACUUCCUACAGCAGUUUUUAUCGUAUUUGAUGAUUACAGAGAACCUACUAUAAGCAUAUUAGAGAGGACAAAAGUUUUUCCAAUUAUACCAAUUCAAUAUAUAUGGAAAGAUAAAUCUGAAGCGACAUGUUUAUAUUUGCAAAUCCCUAUUCAUUUUGC